UGAGCAGUGUGCUGCAGGUGAAGCGCGCAGACAUGAGUGAAUAAGAAGCAGAUUCCUUCUCCCGGGUGUGAACAUGGAGGAGUCUCCUCAGAGAACAGCUGCUCGGAGCGGAGGCGCAGACACGAGCCGAGGCGCUGACGCAGGUGUUCAGGCUGAGCACCUCACCAGAAGUGGAUGUGAAUACAGAGACAACUAAGUGGAGUAUGAAGGGAAAGUGACUCUUGAAACAUUAGAGUCAGUUGACCAUGGCCUUGAGACUGAGCGUGCCUUUAUCACAAAGGAGAUAAAAAUAAAAUCUAGAUUCAGCUCUGCUGCCUAUGAUACCCGCACCUCCAUGUUCUCGUGUGACCACUCAUCACUAUCUGCCAGAUGCACCGAACAGAGAGCCGCAGGAGCAGAGCCAAGUACCUCAAGAGACGGAAGCGGUUCAUGUCUUCAGUCAAGGGAGUUUCUCAUCUGUCCAGACGAGCCAAGAGACGCUUGUUUUUUAAAGUACAGCUCUGGAUGUGGAGGAAGCGGAGAGAGAAAUGCCGUUCGGGGAUUUUCCGAGCAAAAAGAAGAGCUUGCGGGAUCAGCAAUGGACCCUGCUUCAACUCAAAGGCUCAAUCACUGAAAAUGACAAGGAAACUUCCAAUGUACCACACAGUAAACUCCGACAGUUCUCGAGACAGGACUUCAGCGGCAGUUUCACCACUUGUGUGUUGUGAUACUGAAGCUUCAGAGGAGAUGCUCAUAGGGCCGAACUGUCCGCUGAAGCCACCUGAACCGGUCGGUCUGUCAGAAACUUUAUUCACUUCCAGCUCGUUUCAGAACCGGGUCACGGACACAAAUGCUCCUGGAGCUCCAUUCACUCAAACUGUGUCGUCUCAAAGAAGAGAGACCUCUGGACGGUGUUGUGUAACUGCAGAGCCUUCGAAACCCCCCCGCACAGUCAAGCCCCCGCUGAGGACAGAGGCACGUGAGGGGAUGAGGGGGGGCACAUCAGGACAAUGUACCACUGUCACUCCAGGUCAGGGAAAGGCUUCAGACUCACAUACUGAGGACAGAAUCACCUGUAAAAAGGCGUCUCAAACCAAUGUCAGCUUUAAAGCCCUGGCGAAGGACAUACAUGAGUUCCUCGAUGAGUUUUACAGAAUAUAUGGAAGUUUGAUUCCACUUCAGAAGAGCGACGUGUUGAGACACCUGAAGAGGAAGUUUAACACAAAUUUCAGUGACAGGAAAAAUGUCGUCUUCUCGGAGGUCACCAAAUACAGAAGUGCAAUUGUUCAGAAACCCAUCCCCUCCUUCCAGGUGGUCUACAAGAAACACACACUGACACUGGACGAUUUGUCGACUCUGGCAGAUCAGAACUGGCUCAAUGACCAGGUCAUGAACAUGUAUGGAGAAUUGAUUGUGGAAUCUGCCAAUCACAAGGUCCAUUUCCUCAACAGCUUCUUCCACCGACAGCUCAUGACUAAAGGAUACGAUGGUGUGAAGAGAUGGACAAAGCAGGUGGAUUUGUUUUCGAAGCGUUUGCUCUUGGUACCGAUCCACCUGGAGGUUCACUGGUGUCUGGUGACUGCUGACUUUGUCAAAAAGAAAAUUUGCCUUUAUGACUCUCAAGGGCUGGCACUCCAGAAGGUUGCAAGGAACAUCCUGAAAUACUUGAUGGCAGAAGCAAAGGAGAAGCAGCUAACAGCUUUUGAAAACGGUUGGUCAGUGUCGUUUGAUGAGAAUGUCCCACAACAGACCAACGAAAACGACUGUGGAGUCUUUGUCCUGGAGUACUCCAGAUGCCUUGCUCUCACAAAAGCCCUGCGGUUUUCCCAGGAGGACAUACCAAAGAUACGUAAGAGGAUCUACAAAGAGCUGUGUGACUGUAAACUCCAUGAGGAGGGCUGACGAGGGUCUUGCGGACGUGUGUAUUCAUGUGUUUAUUGCUGAUAAUAAUGAUAAUAAUGUGUGCUGCUUUUAAUUCAGGUUUGAAAUCAGCGUUCCACAUACUCUAGUCUGUGUAGGGCUUCACUACCAGCUUACAGUACAGCACUGUGAGUGCCCCCUGCAGGAGAUGGUCACUAUUGUAUGUGGUGCGCUGUUCAUGCUAAACCAUGAUAUUUGAUUUUUGUAGUAAAAUGAUCGAUAUUUAUUCGGGAAUGUUAUUUAAGGAAAGAAAAGCUGUUAUUGUUCCUGGAGUUUACACAUCUACAGUGCACCAACAGAGCCUUAUUGACUUGUCUGCCUGCUGAGGUGGCGCUCAUCGGUUUUGGUUCAUGUCUUGUGUUGAUUAUUUAAUGUUUAAACCUUAUUUGCACAUUUUUAAAGUCCAAAUUUAUUGACUUGUGGUUUGAGAUGUUUUGCAUCAGGUUUUCCUGUUAGUAUCAUGACUAAAUAGAAACUAGAGAGGUAUAUUUUAAAGAAAAUCAUUGUUUUUGUUUGUUGCAUAAUUGAAAUGUGAGUUUGAAAUUAAA